UCUAAGUUUGGGGGAGAGGGAGCUGAGUGAACGGAGCAACAAGUGGGGGGCAGUAAGAGGGCAGGAGUUGGUCGUUAUACCCCUCGUUCCUGUACUUCUGGAGAUUUGGAACCCGGACUGCAUCCGAAGGGGCUAAAUUAAUUAAAUACAUCUAAUCGGGAGAGACAAAAGCAGCGCUAAAUAACCCCAGGAAAACUGCAAUGAGUUGAUUAUAUCCUUGUGAGAAUGAGAAGGGUGGCAAUGAGGGAGCACAGUUAAAAAGUUGCUGAUCUUAUUUGACGAGGCUCCAUUGAGAUUACUGUGGACUUUGGAAGAGAAGCAUCAUCUGUCUGGUGAUUUUGCAUCGACAGCUUCUGUCAUGAAACUCACACCAAAUCAAGCACCAUUGUAUGGCAAGUCUGUCCUCUCUGUACUCUUGGGAGAGGAGCACACAGUCGACAAGGAUGUUGCCCUUUACCUUAUGUUCUCUGGCUCCAGUCAGCAUCAUUUAACCAGCACACAGAGAGUGGACCAGAACACUUUGCAGACAGUCGCUCCUGCACACAACCGCUGUGAGGUGGUGAAAGUCCUACUGUGUGCCUCCAAGGAAGGCUUUCCCGUUUCUGUGCUGGCAGAAGAGAAUUUCCAGUAUGUGCAAGACGCCACCUACGAUAUGGCACGGUUUCUGGUGAGCAGCGCUGGAUCCCAGGAAGCACUCAAUGCCAUCCGGAUAAUGGAUAACUUCCGCAUGUCCUCUGCCGACGCGACGCUGCUCGAUAAAGAUCUGACCUUAAAGGUGCAACAUUUGGUGCUGCCUUCCAAGUGGAACGUCCUGGGACCGGACACCAAGCUGCAAGCUUCGAUCCCCAGGGAGACGUUGUUGCAUUUCACAGCGAGACUGGGUCUGUCCAGGCUGGCCUCGUUCCUCCUGCAGCAGCCGGGUGGACAAGAAGCUCUCAGCAUCACCAACCUCGACGGGGCCACGCCCAUCAAUCUUGCCGCGCAGCGGGGCUUCCAUGGUCUCGAGGAGCUUUUCGCGCAACAAAACUCCGCUGCAGCUCUGCAAGAGGAUGUAACACCGAUUGUAUCCUCUGAAGACUGCACUGUGCAAUUUCAGCAGCAUCUGAAUGUUUACAUGUACACCAUCAAUAACCCCCAAGGAGCAGAGCUCAGAAGUGUGGAACACAACAUCAGCGAACUGCAGAAGUACAUCCACUCUCACAGGCAAGACAUGGAUGUACCUCCCUCACCAUGCCUUCACCCACAGCCAGGGCUUUCGGUUCCUGCUGAGCCCGUUGAGAGUUUAAGAACAGAAGAGAACAAAGAGGAUUGCACACCUGAAGCCGUCUGCCCAAUUGCACAAAUGUUAACCGAAAUGCCUGUUGAGCAAUCAGAUAAUCUGCCCCCAAGAGACAGCAUGUCAACUAAUGCAGAGUUGACCACUAAGUGUCCUGAGGCAAAACUUACCAAUAAUCAAGAAAAUAUUGCAGAGUUAGAACUGGAGGGUGAAACAAUUGGUGGUGAAGCUGUGUCCACUCUCCCUGAUGGAGGAUUCAGGUCACCAGUGGAUUCUAACAACGAGUUAGAUAACAAUACCCUUGUGCAGAGCACAUCUGAAGAUGAAUGUGAUGAGACCUUUCUAAGCUUCGAUGGAGAAUACAAAGAAAUCUUGGGGUCCAGUGAGGAACUGCAUUCCAGCCAAGUGUGUACAUCCAAAAGUGAUGUCCCUGAAGUUGACAGGGUGAUUGGAAAUCCUGACAGACAGGUGGCAGACACUGAGGAAACUUUUGCUCACACGGAGUUGGAGUCUACUGUCAUUACACUGGAAGAAUCCAAAGAAUGUGUUGAGCUGCCUGGAGCUGAAAGUGGACCAGCUGAGGGAUCUUCUCAGGAGGUGGAUUUUCAAGGGGUACAGCCGAACAGUGAAAAGCCUCCACUCGCUGAACUUACUGAGGAAGCCACAGUGGAUUUGGAGUUGGGUAACAAUGGUCCCUGUGCAAACCCCGAGGGUUCAUUGGUAGACACAGGUGAAAUGAGUGCUAGAGCUGGUGAUGAGGUGUGCGUGGCUACAGCAAACCCACUUAAUGACUCAGACGAUGCAUGUAAAGAAGGACAUCACAGCAGGACUGGUGAGGAUAAGGUUCCACAGAAUCUUGAACUGCCUUGCUCUUUAAAUCCCUCAGAGGAAUUUGAUCAGAAUGAUACAGUUUUCAAAUUGUCAGCAUUAGAUGAGCGAAGUGACACAACUUUGAAGGUGUUACCUUCGCAUGAACAGAAUGAAGUGCUAUCGGAAGAGCAAUCCUCACAAGAAGAGAAAGGUAUUUCUUCAGCACUGUUAUCUCUCAAUCAUUUAGAAAGUGAACCCGAGCAGAGUGACGACCAGUUAGGUUGCCCUUGUGAUGACGAGUGGUCUAAGCAGGUCGAUGCGUUGUUGGAGACCGCUUCUUCGGAUUCCAGUUUGGGGGAGGAGCAGGCAUUGGCAAAAGAAGUCCAAGCAAUGGUGGAUUUAAAGGAAGAAGUCUUCCAAAAUGAUGGCAUGGAAGAGCUGUUGUCCAAGAGCAUCUCAGAAGGACCACCUUGCUUGCCAGUGACUUUGGAUAGCCCACUUAAUGAAAGCGAUAGUCCCAGUGGAGAUGAAAGGACCUUGGAGUUCAUUCACAGACCAAGUGAUGCAAUUAUGUAUUCUCCAAAUCAGGAAGUAUUGCUCAGUAUAGUCGAGGAGCCUGCUGAUUACAUUGUAAACAGUUCUUCAGAUUCUGAGGGUCGGUUUGAAGAAUGCGAGAAGUCCUCACCUGAGGAGGAACUGAAGGAGGAUGACUGGAUGAUGAGCAAUGCCAGAUUGAAUAUCAAGUCUGAAGUUAUUUCCCAUGGGGAGGAGACGUCCGAUGCAAUUUUAUCGGAUACAAAAGUUACACAGGAUUCUCCUGACUGGACGUUUAACUCUGUGCUGGAUGCAAAUGGAAAUUUGAAAUCUGUUGAUUUGAAAGUUGCAGAAGAACUACAAGAGAGUGAAGUUGAUGGCAUUGAGAAAGUGUCCAAGGAUCUGGAUGAGCUGAUUAACCGAGAGAGCUGGUGCCCCAAUCCCAGUUUGGUCCAAACAAAGGAGAGACCUGAAGCAGCUGAAUGCGGCCCGUUAUCUGACCCUCCACUGGCUGUCGAGUGCAGUUCAUCAAUGCCUGUGGCUGGAGAGCCGGUGUGUUACUCUGAUCAACAGGUCAGCAACAAGACAGAAGACCUGCCCACAAAGGUAGAAGAUGAACAGGAUGUCGUGUACAGCAUUGGUGGUGUAACAACAAGCAGUUCGACCGUUGAGGACCCUGAGCCUCCUGAGACCCCUGAAGGGGAAGUGUUCCUAGAGCCCACCACUGCCUUGGAAAUGAAAGAGCCCGACAAGCAGCAGAGCCCCACGGGCACAGAGGAGAUGGGUGACAGAGGAUCGCGCGGGCAACGGGACAGCUGCCCCAUCGUCUGCGAAGCGGAGGAGGAGAAGGACAGCGUCGCUGAAGUGCCCACUCGUUCCUCCACCUUCAGGCCGACCAUCAGGUCACUGUCUCCCUUUCGACGGCAUAGCUGGGGUCCUGGGAAGAACACAGGCAGUGAAACCGAGAUCAACCAGCGAAGUUCUGUGGAAAUGCUUGGAGAUGUCAUAAAGAGGCCGCCAAUUCAUAGAAGAAGUAUGAGCUGGUGUCCUUCUGAAAUGCAGCCCUUUGUCACAGAGUGUGACCUUAGUUGCAGAAGUUACAGCCUGGAAGGUCUGACAGCUGGCAGCGAGGCGACAAAAGAGCCACCGCGUACCAUGGAGUCUGUUCUUCAGAAUUCCCGCGACCCUCGUCGAGCUCCAGUGGUCUGUAGCGAUGACCAUGGAUCGCUUGUCUCGCUGACCGAGGAAGAGAUGGAGUCGGACCACAGCGAGGGCAGCGUAUUUGAUAACCCGAAUUUGUCCAGACCACCGCUGCGUUCUGCUCCUCCAUUAACAAAAUCUAUUUCACUCCAAGCUAUCAGCCCUCCAAGCACAGACAAAGCCGGAAGAACCAAGUCCAGGAAGAAAAUCUCCUUUUCCUUGAAUAUCUCUCCAUUCCUUCCUAAGUCUAAAACUCUCUUUUCUCUUGGUUCUUCAAGUGAUGAUGAGCCAGAUAAUUUAAGAUCAUCCACCAUUAAUUCUCUUGGUCAGAGCAUCUCAGAAGAGGACAAUAGUCAGUUGCCACAGAGUCCUACAAGAAAAGAUCUGGAAGGAAAAAGCAGCACUAAAGUGUAUCGGACUUUCAGCUACAUUAAAAACAAAAUGUCAAGUGGAAAGCACAAGAACAAGGAGAAAGAGAAAACAAAAGAGAAGGAAGUAAAAGACAAGGACAAGAAAACCAUAAAUGGACAUGUCUUUACUGCCAUUUUAGCAUUUGGCUCACCACCAUGUCACCAGUGUAACAAGAACAUUACUAACAAAGAGGCAUACCUCUGUAACAAUUGCAAUGUUCAAGUUCACAAGGGUUGCAGGGACAGCUUGGCAGUCUGCAGUAAGAUUAAACAGAAGCAACAAAAAACACUUCAGGCCCAAGAUACCUCAACGUUACCCAAUUCUGUCACCAUGAGAAAUAAACCACUGCAAGCUAGAGAACGUCCACGGUCAGCCAUAAUCCUACCGGAUGACAACAUGUUGAUUGCUCCUAAUAGGAGGAUGCCCCUGUACAGAUCACUUUCCAAGAGCAUGUCAAUAGCCAAUAUCGCAGGGCCUGCGAUUGACGAAAACUCCCUUGGUUCUUGGAGGGCCUUGUCUCAGUCGACUGACUCUCUGAACCAGAUAAAAACAGCCACAGAGUCGAUGGAGUCGCUGACGGAUGAAGACUCUGCACUUGUGUUCCACGUGCCCAUAGGUACGGACGUCAUGGACGGACAGCUGAUGGGCGAGUUCGAGGCCGAUGCUAAAGAGCUGGAAGCUGACUCCUGGAGUCUGGUGGUUGACAGCACGUUUGUGAGGCAGCAGAAGAAGGAAGUGAUUAAACGACAGGAUGUUAUCUAUGAGCUGAUGCAGACAGAAAUGCACCACCUCCGCACAUUGAAGAUCAUGUCCGACGUCUACAGCAAGGGGAUGUCAAAAGAGCUGCAGUUCGAAACCUCGAUGGUGGACCGCAUCUUUCCAUGCCUGGAGGAUCUGAUCGACAUCCACACGCAGUUUUUCAGUCGGAUCCUGGAGAGGAAGAAAGAAUCUAUGGUGGAAAACAGUGACCGGAGUUUCAUCAUUAAAAAGAUUGGGGAUAUUUUGGUGAAUCAGUUCUCUGGACCCAGUGCUGAGCGAUUGAAAAAGACCUAUGGAAAGUUCUGUGGGCAGCACAAUGACGCAGUGAACUUUUACAAGGAAUUGUUAGCAAGAGAGAAGAAAUUCCAGACAUUUGUCCGGAAAAAAAUGACUAGUUCCAUAGUUCGAAGAUUAGGGAUCCAGGAAUGUAUAUUACUGGUUACUCAAAGGAUUACCAAGUAUCCCGUGAUUGUCCAGAGGAUUAUCCAUCUUACCAAAGAAAACGAAGACGAUUACACUGACCUCACCAAAGCACUGGCAAUGAUUAAGGAGGUGAUUGCCGCAGUGGACCACAAGGUAAAUGAGUAUGAGAAGAAAACUAGACUCCAGGAGAUCCACAGCAGAACCGAGACCAAAGCCAUCAUGAGGCUGAAGAGUGGCCAGAUGUUUGCAAAGGAAGACCUGAUCCGAAGAAAGUUGAUACACGAUGGACCUGUCACGUUGAAAGCAGCAGCGGGAAGACUAAAGGAAGUCCAGGCUGUGCUGCUGUCCGAUAUGCUUGUGUUUCUUCAAGAGAAGGAUCAGAAGUAUACUUUUGCUUCACUGGACCAGAAGUCGACUGUGAUACCACUGCAAAAGCUCAUUGUCCGUGAGGUCGCACACGAGGAGAAGGGGUUAUUUCUCAUUAGUGCCGCGGCACAGGAGCCGGAGAUGUACGAGGUACGAGCGAGCUCCAAAGAAGAGAGGACCAACUGGAUACAGCUCAUUCAGCAAACCACAGACACCAUGGUGCAGGAUGAAGAUGAAGGGAUCCCAAGUGAAUCAGAGGAAGACAGACGGCAGUUGGAGAGCAGAACUAAAGAGCUGAAAGAGAAACUGCAGGAGAGAGACCAGCAAAUUCUCUUGCUGUUGGAGGAGAAACUGAGGCUCUACCAGGAAAUGGUGGAAGCCAGUGGCCACGAGGAGGCAUCUCAGAAUCUGGUUACGAGGUCCUUUUUCCGAGCUAACUCAGAAGAGGUCGCCAAAGGAGAAUCGUUGCUCAAGGAUGCAUUAAAGGAAGUGGAGAGUCUACAGAGCCUCCUGUCUCUGAGCUUCGGAGGUGCCCUGGGGCAGCCAGCAGCCAGUAUCCCAGAGCAAGAGGGAGCCAUGGGCCACAUCUCCCUGCCUAGGAGGGCGGAGACAUUUGGAGGAUUUGACAGCCAUCAGAUGAGUGUGGUGAAAGGUGGAGAGAGAGACGAAAUGGAAGAUGGGCAAGACCUCCGCAGGACAGAGUCCGACAGUGUUUUGAAGAAGGGGCUGAUGGCCAAUUUGCUGCUGCCUAUCAGAAAGAACGAGCAAGUGCUUCAGAAGGUUCUAAAUCUACAGCAGCUGUUACUCGGGUUACAGGCGGUCGUGGUGCAGCAGGACUCGUUCAUCGAGGACCAGAAGCAGGCCCUGAGCGAGCGCCUCUCGCGGCCACACACCCGCCUCAGCGGCCUGCUGGAGCAGGAGAAGCAGCGGAGCCUGGAGAAGCACCGGCAGGAAUUGGCCGACCUGAAGAAGCAGCAGGCCCAGUUCCAGGAGGAGAGGCGCAGGCGGGAGAAGGAGUGGGAGGGCCGGGAGAGGGACCUCACGGAGCGGGAGGCCUGGCUCUCCCAGCGGGGCGACGAGUCGACGAGGUUGCGGGAAGAGAUGGAGCGGGAGCAGCAGGAGCUGCGGCUGAAGAAGGAGGAGUACCAGCAGGACCUGGAAAGGCUGAGGACCGCCCAGAGGCAGCUGGACAAGGAGCGGGAGCAGCUCAGGAAGAAAGAGGAGCAAUUAAGCCACCAAAGACACGGUGACCUUCUGCACUCGGACUCCCUCAGCUCCCAGGCUUCGGAUCGAGAGUUGGCUUCACACACAGACUCUGCGGCCGAGCAUUCCCCAAGUUCACUGAAACCCGACAGCUGCAAUUCAUUAAAGCAGGAAGCUGCGGACGUGCACCUUACGAAGAAGGGAUCGUCGGAGGGCAACCCCGCCGCCCCCUGGACAGACUCCACGCAGGGCUCGACCAAGAAGCCGUCGAAUCCACCGAGCAGCACCAACCAGAUGAACAACCCCAUCCCUCCCCGGUUACUGAAGCUGGCCAAGUCAAAAGAGAAGAAGUCGAAACACCGUAAGAACAAGGGGGAAAGGUCAGGGAACCUACCAUCAGUGUACAGCCCAGAUGUCCUUCCAGCGACAGGCAAUCCGAAGUUUCAUGAGGCAAGCUCGGAUCCAAAGCGCCCGGCCUCCGAGCUGCAGGGGAACGAGGAGGUCUUCUACUGUUGAGCUUUUCUACAGUGGAGAUGUGGUGGAGACUGGACGGUGUGGGGGAGACAGUGAGAAGGACAGGGGGUGCAGUACCCCUGAACAACUCCUGUGCGGGUAUCUUCGGCUGGUAGAGGAUGGUCUGUGUCCUGGUUGCCCCUCCCUUCCGCUUCCAGUGGCUGAAGGUAUCGCUGAAAGUACAGGCAGAACCAGUAACUAUGUUUAGUUGGGGCAUCGAUCUCUCUGUUCGCUUAACAAAAAGAAUUGAUUGGGAAAAGGCUGACCUGGGGCAUCAGAAAGCUUGAUUGGAAGGCGCUGGGCAAAGAUUUAAUAUUCCACCCGCUGUUGGAGAUGAAAUCAGCGGGGAAAGUUAACUGUUCAUUCCUGUCUCCAUUCUGUUCGGUUCAAAUGCAGAAUAUCAAACUGUUACAAACUAAGGCAUUGCUAUGUCAAGAGACAACUUGUUCUGUCCAAAGUACUUCUGUCACUAGAUUUAAGAGCUUAUAGCACAAAUCCUAUGAGUUUAAAUCUGAGUCUAAAUUUUAGACUAUGACACCCAAGUGAGCAUUGAUUUAAGUAUGAUGCUCUCCCUCAGUAAAACUUGCAGAGGAUUAAUUCGAAGAGCCUGCGUGAACAACACCAGCUAUGAUCAUUCACCCCCUCAUGAAAGGUGUUUCACCACCACAUUCUCUGAUACCCUUUCUUGUCACAACCUGCAAGGGAUGGCAAUGUCUUUGUCUGGAACAGUUCCAGAAUUAGUUUGGACAUGCUCGAUGCCAGUUAAACGAUUGGAUCAUCCAGAGACCCACUUCUGUACUCACUGGUCCUUCAGCACUGGUAGAGAGCACCUGGCGCUUUUAAACCUACCCCCACCAGUUAUCUGAACAUUACCAGGCAAAAUAGGACAAACUUCAAGACUAGAGAGAGAGAUGUACCAGCUAAAUCGCCUGCUUGUAGAAUAAUCUUCAAUGCACCAUCAGAUUAUAAAUGUAAAUAAGAUAGGAAAAAAAUUCCCUCCAUUGAAGGGGAGAAUGAUUCUGAGGUUAGUAUUCUUCCCCUUCCAAAAUGUUAAUAUUUAAAUUUUUAAGGGGAAGAAUCAACUUCAAGUAAUGUAAAAUUAAAUCCUGAAUGUAUAAUGUUUUUAAAAAAGCAAAAUUGUACAGUUACAAGGGUGAGAAAUGUCCAUAAAGGUUUAUACUUGACUUCCUAUAUGUUUUUUUAAUCCAUUUUAUUAGAAUGCUGAUUGGGAUAUUUUAAUUACCUUCGUUUGCAUCAUCUCAAUUCUGAAAAUGCACAGCAUCAGUUUUUGUCUGGACUGCUUAUAAUUUGAGGGGUGGGUAAACGUAUUGUACAGUCUGUUGGGUAUUGGUCUUUUCCCUGGAGCCCAGGUUUGAAUCUAAACUGGGCUGAUAGGGGUCAAAAUAUCUGGUCCACUUUUUGGGGUCCUGUAUGGCAACGUGCUCCAUCGAAUGCAGAGUAUAAUACUGCCCGGGACUCAGCACUAAUUUGGGAAUCUUACUCAUGGACACUAUUGGCAACUUAUUUGGAGCAAUGAAAGGGGUGCCACUUGAGAAGCUUAGCCAGCAAGCCUUGCUCAUUGCAUCGUCAUACCUGUGCACCCGCAUGGGCAUGUGUGGGCACUUGUUAGUAUUAGUUCUGCGGAACUGCGUUCUCUGUGCACAUAGGACAACUCACUGUAACCACUGAUCAAGGUCACGCUUUCCAAGGCACCUCAUUAAGGGGCACUGGACCAUUUCUGUUGUGCUUGUGUGGGGGUUAAUUUGAACAAAGGAGGGGGGAGGGCAAGGGAGGGGCAACGGGAGAGGAGACUUUGCACUGUUUAGUUGUAGAGGGACCAGAAUCACCCAAUUUUGCAUUUUGGCCUCAUAUCUCUGCCUUACUGGAAGGAAUCUCAGCAAUGGAUAAAGGGCAUGGCCAGAUCCAAAAUAGCAACAGAGUAAAAGCCUAGAGGGGAUUGACUGGUUCCUGAAAAGCCCCAAAUAACUUCUCGCGUGGAUUGUUUAAGAAUUGGAUGUACCUUCUGAGAUUUUGUCAAAAGGGAGAAGAACAGACCUUUCUGCCCCUCAGUGAAAUCUUGAUAAAUUUGUUUCUUGACACCAAUUCGCAGCCUUGGCUCCUUAACCCUUAGAACCAAGGACCAUCAAUGGGUUGCUGUCAUCAUGUGGUCAUCCCUCACCACAGGACCAGUUUGAAGGGAUAUCAUCUCCUUAAUAUGGUUUGAUGCCAAGAAGCACUUUAAAGAAAUUUAUUUUAAAAAAAUAUGCAUACACUGUGGGAAGCUUUUUUAUUGCUUUAACCAGAAACAAUUCCAAUUCCAUGAUUUUUUUUUCCUUUGUUAUUGUGAUUUCCAAAUGCAAAUGUCAGGGAUAUAUUUCAGUUGAGUUUCUUAAUGUGCAAUGCAUUAAAAUUUCAGUUUUGGUUUUGUCUCUGAUCUGAAUGGGAAAGGGAAUGCAUUUUACCAAGCACACAAUCUGUACAUUGAGAGAGUACAACCACUGAACACAAAUUAAUGGUUUUACCAGAUCCUGUGGUCGAAUUUCCAGUUUAGAUUCUUGAGAGGUGCUGCUAAAGGUUUCAGAAAUGUUUUUUUUUAAUGUAUAGGACUCUUUAUUUUUGUCUGUUUCGAUUUGAAUUAUUCAAGUCAGUGUUUUUGGAGGGAGGGAUCCAACUCACAAAUUGAUCCUGCCUUCAGGAUGAAAAAAAAUUGUGUGAACUCCCAUCUCCCAGACUGCUCCGGAAAUUUCAAUGUGGCAAAGUUGCUUGUGAAUCCAUUCUGACCAAAUCGAUGUUGUGUUCCACCUCCAGAGAGGAUUCCAGUGUGUCACCUCUGAUAACACUGUCUCCCAUUUCAUAUCCUGUAGUAACAAUUCAUGGAUACUUCCUUCCCGAAGCCUGGAUUAGUGUGGGAGCAUCCAUCCAAGGAGGGAAUCUCAUCCAGGAAGCAGGAAUCCUGCCUUCACCUGCCUGAUUUUUCAACCUAACCUGCUGAGGCCUUUCUACCUCCAGUUGGUCUGCACAGAUAAAAAUGUUUUCAUUUUUCCAAGAUCUAAUUCCUUAAAUUCUUAAUUCUUUAAAAGUUCAGAGUAACUUUGAACUGUGAGAUAUGCAAAAAUCCGAGUUAAUCAACGCCUGGUCCUAUCUACUCAACUGGAUGCAUUGGGUUGGAGCUAGAUCUUUUCAAGGGGGGUAGGGAGGUGGGCAGCAAGGUGGCAUAUCAGUCUCAUGACUCCAGAGAGCCAGGGUUCAGUCUUGGCACAGUCUGCUGUUGGCAUGUUCAACCUGUGACCUAGUUUGCUCGAGUUUCCUCUGCUCCUAAAGAUAUUCGGGUAAGAAGGCAAGUUGACUGCUGUGAAUUGCUCUCCCCCCCCCCCCCCCCCACCACCCCGUGUGCAGACUGAAUGGUAAAUCUGGAGGGAAUUGAUGGGGAGGUGGGAGUUGAUUACAGGGACAAUAAAUGGUGGGGGGGGGGAGGAACAAGUGUGAUUUUUUUUAAAAAAUUAAUGUAAAUAUAGCACUUUGUGUAUUUUUAUUCAAACAAAUAAAAGUUUAGUAGGAAAUGGGGAACUGUCGCGACUGAUUUUUACCCAGUGAAUUCAUGCACAGUGCACCCACUUGCUACUGGCAUAAAGCCUGCUUGCACAGGUUACCCCCAUUAUAGAGCAGUGAAACCACUCAGACCUGAUGGCUGGGAAAGGGGACACGCAGAGGAAAUGGUGCUGGGCUUUUGCUUAAACACAUCGACCAAAAUAUUUUUCAAAUGGGGUGGGGGGGGGUAGUAAUACUUAGAGAUUGGGGAGCUAUUGGUGAUCAUCGGAAAAUUGCAGCCAAUACUUUCCUGGGAGUUUCUGGCUAAGACCCUCCUACACUUCCCUCUACUUUAGCUUCUGAAUGGUUCUUCUUAAACCAUAUUUGAAAUAAUCCAGUGUACAGAAUAAUUGAUUCCUUUCAGGAUUGGUAGAUUUAGUUAACGGGCGAUAAUUUUGUUUGGGGACUGUCAUCUGGGUGCAGGCUGCCUUCUCCUCCCACUGAACACUGAACCACAGCAGGGGUUGAUAUUCCACUGUAAACUUCAUACUUUGAACCACUUGGUUAUCAGAGUGAAUCUGGCUGUUUUUGACGCUGUCAGGGUUCCUCCCACAGGGACGUGAGAGUUAGUUAGCCACUGUGAAUUGCCCUGGUGCUGAGGUAAGUGAUGGUCUAUAGAGAGUUGCUGGGAAUAAGUGGGCAGGGAUGAACAGAUCAGAGCACUGAACAUCUUAGUGUUGUUGCCAUGGACAGAUUAAUGAAAUUAAUCUACUUUGCAUUUGUGUGCAUAAAAUGGCAGAGGCAGCAACACUUUAAUCGGCACAUUAGUGAUGUGAUGCUCUUUUUAAACUAAGUUUUUAGACUUGACGUACAUAAUUUAUUUUUAUUAGUUUGGAAAUUUUUUGUGAGUACCUUUACCUCUGUGGAUUGGGGAAAGCAAUUCACUUAAUUAUAAGUGAUUUGGUUUUAUAUCAAGUGUUUAAAGCCUCUCUCAAUGUACUGUGAACUUGGUGAAUGCAUACCAGCCUCUCCCUUAUCCCCACUUUCGCUGUAUUCUUUGACAAUAACCCGAUUUCUAAAGGGCUACUAAGUAUAAACAUUCCAUGGGAGCUCCCUCAAACAGCCUGGGCUGUCCACCCUAACAAAGGCCUGGAGUCACAGAAAUCUUCACAAAUUGCCUUGAUUCCAGCAUGCAAGCCCCCUCACCACCAUCUUUGUCCCCAUGUUCUGUACCAUUGAAACGGCUUGAUUCAGAUACAGCUGCCUUGUACUGAAAAUGUAAAUGCACUAACUGAAUUGUGGAGUGCUCAGGAUCUCUCAAGCAAUUUUAUAUACCUCUCUGCUUAAAUGAAACAAAAGAUUCCUGAGGAAUAACUUCUACUGAGGUACACAGUGUAUUUUUUCUUGAUUCUGUGUGUAAAAAAUAUAAAAGUGAAAACCUAAUUAUUUUAUCUAUGAUGUAAUGUAAAAAUGAAAACUGUAAACAGCCAUGUGCUGAAAUUGUUUUUUUUUUGUAAUUAUACUUUUAUUUAUCACUUGUUUUCUUGUUUUAGAUUAUAAGGCAAUUUGCCCUACAAUAAACAUUUACACCACAGAA